UGGGCGGGGCUGAGCGGCGCAGCUCCUGGCACCCAAAGCUCUAAGAUCAUUGCUGGCACCGAGGGGAGUCGGCGAUGGUGAGCCGGUGGGGGCGAGGCUCCGAGCCGGUUUCGGAGCUUCGCUCGCUGCCCUUCGCCCGCAGGCUCGCCUACUUCGACGGCGAGUUCGAGCGGCUGCGGCGGGAGCGGCGAUUGCCGGCUUCAUCCUCGGCCCGGCUCCGGGCGCUGGAGCCGCUGCUGCGCCGCGGGCCUAGCCGCUCCCCCGGCCCUCGGUCGGCGCUGGCCGCCGGCGCCCUGCUGCUGCUGCUGCUGCUGCUGCUGCUGCUCCUGCCAGGCGGCCUACUCCGCGCCGGCCCCGCCGCCCGCUUCCUCAGCUUCUGCGGCCGCGCCCUGCUCAUCCAGUUGCUGCCUUAUUGGGAUUGGACGUUGUACUCCAACACAGACUGCCUGAUCAGGAACCCCUAUUAUUUUGUGAGAGGCCUCGAGUCCUUACAGCUGACUGACUGCAUCAAUGUGUGCCAGAAAUACCCAACCGUGGAAUCUGUGCAGAAAGUGGAUCCAAAAGUUGUUCUUCAGAAGUAUCUGCGUCAGAAUCUACCCCUUGUAAUAACGGACGGGGCUGAAGAAUGGGUUGCGCUGAGGGAUUUCACUGUGCCAUUCCUAACUCGGGUAAGUGAAAAGGGAAGCUUUGUUUACCUUUACUUUAUGUAACUGGUCAUGUGCUUA